CAUCUGUCAGCUGCAGACAACAUGAACCUUGUAAGUAAUGGACUGUCGGUGCAGUGUUACUUGAUGCCAAAGCUGAUGGGAAAAAUGAGAAGAAGAGUUCAGGAGAUAAGAAGCCCAAACGCUUUGUUGUCUCCAGUGGGUCUGAGUUACAAUGAGAGCACACGACUGGCUAUGGAUGCUCUCUUGGACAGAGGGAUUGAUGGAUACCAGGAAGUGUUGGUCAAAGAGAAUGAAGCAAACUUUCUGUCAGCGGAGGAGAAAGCGUACAUCUUGAACAACAUUAAAAAGCCUCUCGCUGAGAAUGAAGAGGCGGACAGGGAUGAAGAGAUGUCUAGUUCUCCAUCAGUUUCUUCCGAGACGUACUUUCCUGUGGUCACAGAGAGCGAGGCUCCAGUUCUUGACUACGGCUGGCCAGUGGCUGACUGGAGUUACCAUCUGCAAGGAAUGCCUAGUGUGGAAGUGUUUUUCCACUCAAUGAAAUCGUUUUCCUUGAAAGACGUGCUGCGGGAACUCAUCAGGCAAGCAACUACAGUUCUGGCGAUAGUUAUGGACACCUUCAGUGAUGUGGAGAUUUUCUGUGACAUACUGGAGGCGUCAAGAAAGCGCAAUGUAUACGUCUAUCUUCUUCUGGACCAUACCAAUUUACAGCUGUUUCAGGAUAUGUGUGAAAAUGUAAAAAUCAACAAAUCACACCUUGGUAGAAUGUCCAUUCGUAGCGUUCAAGGACAAACAUACUGUGCCAAAUCAGGGAGAAAGUUCACUGGACAGACAAAGGAAAAGUUCAUCAUUGUGGACUGCACAAAAGUGCUGGUUGGGACAUACAGUCUCACCUGGCUGUCCUGGCAGGUUCACAGAAGCUUGGCCGUACUCUUCAAAGGCAGCGGGGUUAAACCAUUCGACCUGGAGUUUCGCAGACUCUAUGCUAUUUCUAAACCAGUCCCAGGAUUUAUCUGCCACACAUCAGAUCUGGGAGAUCUCUGCCUACCCUUUGAGAAACUCCAGAUCCCAAUGUGCCCAGCAGGAACUGCUAGAAAUACUGCCAACCACCUACCACAGAAACCUUGCAAACCCAGGAACCAGAGUUUCCUAACAACUCCUGCCUUGGUCAGGCAAACAACCUAUCCAAAUGCCACCAAUGGACUGCAAAGAUCUCAAUGGCUUCCACGGAGGAGCACGAUCCAUCACACCAUUGCUGGUCAACCCCCUCUUUUCAAAGAUUAUAAUAUGAGGAGCCAAACUUGGCGUCCAGUACAAGGCAAUCACAUCAACAAGAGCGCUCCUGCAACUUCCCACUGGUCCUAGAGCAGGUU